AUGGAGGGCGGCACGGAUACCAAGAAGUUUAUAUGUUACCCCUGCAAGCGGAAGUUCCCUUCUGGCGGCAUGCUCGCUCGGCAUGAGAGGAUGUCGGACAGCCACCGCCGCACGAUGGAAAAGCGGGAGGACAAGAUGAGGAAGCGGAAGCGCGAGCUGAUCAUGGCGGCUCGCACCAUCCGCCAGUUGAUCAUGGAGAGGGAGGAGGAAAUCUCGGCACAGGUGUCAUCCGCCGAGACGGCCGCUACCCAGAGAACGGUAUUGCAGAUGAAGUUGCAGCAGCUCCUCCGGGAGUACGGCAUGGCGCAGGAGGUCAUAGAGGCCUGCCGGCAGCUUCGCGAGGCCAAGGAGGCCGGCCAGGCCGCGCCGUCGCUGACUUUCGAGGCGAAGGUGGGGAAGCUGCAGCUCACGGCUGGAGCCGCCUGCUGGCAGAGCAACAAGGUGCACCACGGACGUUCGCCACAACGGAAGCGGGCUAUCAAUAUUUCGAGCCAGAACAUCACCAUGCCCAAGCCUGGCAGGGACGCCACGUGGUGCAAAGUGUGCGGCAAGUUCUGCUACAACGACCAGCUCGAGAAGCUCGACUUCACGUGCCAGUAG